AUUGAAGGAGAGACCGUUGUCCUUACCGUAAAAUCUUUUCAGCAUUCUUACCAAUAAAAUCAACAGCUUUUAGGAGAUUGCUCUUUUGUCUUUAAUCUCGUGCCGGUGAAAUCAUUUGCAUAGUUGUUUCGUUCUUUCUGUGCAGUGCAUUGAGGGCAGUUAUUAUAGUCUUUGGAGGCUGUUGAUGCGCAAUUCACACUAGUAGAAAUUGAAAUCGACGCAUACCACACCAUUUCAAGAUUUCUAUUCUACCGUUAGUUGAACGAGAUCGUCUGUUAUUGCGGCUUCAGUCGUAAGCAUGGGGAAUUCGGAAGAAGCAACAACUGGAGAGGUGAAUGAAGGCUACGUGCCGACGGAAGAAAAAGUUAAUGGGGAUGAGCCUCCACCUUAUUCAUCAGAUAUGAAAGAAAAUGAAACAUCUGUGCCGGUGGAUGUCGAAACGAGAAAUAAUAACCCCAAUUUUCAGAAUGAGAACGAUGGAAUGCGAAGCAUUGGUUCAAUGUCGCCAUUUGAAAUCCAACAGGAAAAAAUGCGGAUUUGGAAGAAUGUCGCUGUAAUCAGUCUGUCCUUCAUGUGUCUCUUUACAGCAUUUAAUUCAGUGGGCAACCUUCAGAGUUCCAUCAACGCGGAUGCCGGUUUGGGUACGACAGCCUCAGCCACCAUUUACGUCGCUUUGAUUGUAUCUUGCAUGUUUGUCCCUACUUGGCUAAUCAAGACAAUCAAGUGCAAAUGGACCAUGGUCUUCUGUGAACUAUGCUACUCAGUUUACAUCAUCGCCCAAUUCUGGCCAUCUUUUGGAACGCUCAUUCCUGCCGCCAUUAUCCUUGGGAUUGGAGCCGCACCUAUGUGGUCGGCCAAAUGCACUUACCUAACCCAGGUUGGGAAUCGGUAUGCGGCUUUAAUAGGGGACAAAUCGGCCGAACCCAGUAUAACCCGAUUCUUCGGGGUUUUCUUUAUGGUCUUUCAAACGUCACAAAUUUGGGGAAAUCUUAUCAGCUCGCUUGUGUUGUCAAUGGACAAAGCCAAUGAGACGAUCGUAGAGGACGAAAUUUUAGAGUUCUGCGGCGCCAAUUUCUGCAAUGGCCGAAACCUUACCAGCAUAACAGGAAAUGGAAGCGUUCCUUCACCCCUGGAACGACCUGACGAAGAUAAAAUUCAAAUGUUGACGGGCAUCCUUCUCGGUUUCGCUUUACUUGCUUCAUUAAUUAUGGCUCUUUUGGUCGACCCUCUUUCCAGAUUUGGAGAAGAAGAGCGUCAAGGAAGUAGUACUGGAAAAACUGGAGUCGAAUUGCUUCUCGCCACCUUUCAGCAUAUGAAAAAUCCAUACCAAUUACUGAUUAUUCCGUUGACUCUUUGGUCAGGUUUCGAACAAGCAUUCCUUACAGCCGAGUUCACCGCGGCCUACAUAUCGUGCUCAUGGGGAGUGCAGCAUGUCGGAUUCGUACUGAUCUGUUACGGUGUGGCUGACGCCCUGGGAUCCAUCACUUGCGGCUCGAUAGUCAAAAUAGUGGGGCGAAUGCCGAUCUUCAUUUUUGGUGCAUUGCUCAAUGCGGGAUUAAUCAUAGCCCUCUUUUUGUGGCAACCAGAUCCUUCUAAACCUGUAAUAUAUUUCGUCAUCGCAUUUUUCUGGGGCCUGGCAGAUUCCAUCUGGCAAACACAAAUCAACUCUUUCUACGGCGUCAUCUUUGCUGGAUCAGAAGAAGCAGCAUUUAGCAACUAUCGACUUUGGGAGAGUUUGGGCUUCGCAAUCGCAUUCGCUUACAGCUAUGCGUUGUGUGCUAACGCUAAACUUUGGGUACUUGUUGGAAUCCUCAUAGCCGGAAUGACUGGCUACUUUAUAAUUGAAAUUAUAGAGAGCAAAAAGUUCAAAAAGACAAGAAAAGAAUAACCCUUAGCACAGACAAGUUGCGAUUUUUAUGAACCCUAAUAAUUCAACAGAAACUGGUUGAUAUGCUACAAAAAUAUGUAUUAUGUAAAUUAUCUUACCGUGCGACAAACCAGAAAGAACUGUAAAAAUCUACUUUUUUUUCUAAAAAUAAGAAAAUAUGUAAUGGUUAUUCAUUCACGGGCCAGUUGGCAACACAAACAUGUUUCUAAAAAUGACUGCUUUUUCCUACUAUUGUUAGACAGCAUAAUGACAUCGUUUUGCACGCAAUAAAAUGUAUUAUACUUA